AUCAUCAUUAAAUUUUAGUUUUCUUGGACUAUUUCAGCACACAGUUACGCGCAAUACACGUGUUUUUAUACAUUUAAAUGGCAUUGCGAAUACUAAGUCAUCUUUCUGAAACUGUUCAUUUCCAAAAGCUAUCAAUUUCAACCGAGUCUUUAGUUGUCAUCAUCACCGGUGCGGGGUUGGCGGGGUUCCGUAAAGUCCGGUCAGUCCGGUCGUCUGGUGGUGGUGGUUCGGCACGUUGACCGCAUGCUUAUCGGUACUUGUCGUUAGAAGACCGUGUUGUCCUUUUUUAAACGAGGAAUCGUCAGGUGCACCGGAAGUCAGCUGUUCUUGCUGUCUAGUGGAAAGGGUCGCAGACUCCUUCACUCCGGAGUAAUUCAAGCUUUGCUUGAAAAGGCCAGCAGUUCAAACGAAUGUUCGAAUAUAGGCGAUAACUCUAAACACUAGCAGUUUAGUGUGCUUAGAAUAGUCGCGAUGACAGAAGGUGUUCUCAAAGAACUUGCCAACCGCUUCCUUGCCUGUGUUCCCGCGUCGGAAGCGAUGCAGUGCCUGGAAGGUAUCCCCACGCACGCACUUACCCAAGAACUGCAGAAGAGAAUAAUGGCAGCCACCUUGGAACACCCGACUGCGAAACGUUUUCCGGCCACCAGCACCUACGUGAAGCACUACCUGAAGCUUCUCAUCGACAAGCUCGAGAGCCGCGAGGUCGAGGUGCUUGAAGACCUCUACGUCUGCUACACGGAGCUACUUGGCAGCGUUGACAGCGGCCCGGGAUUCGUCACCUAUGUGCUGGAUGGCCAUGACAUGGAGGUGACAGUGAGAGAGGCGAAAGCCCUGGUCGCUGACGGCACCACCGGUCUCAGGGCGUGGCAGGCUUCCAAGUUUCUGGCAGAGUGGUGUCUGGAGAACCGGCAAGUCCUGAGUGGCAAGCGAGUGCUGGAGCUGGGCAGUGGCGUGGGGCUGACGGGCCUGGUGGUGUGCCGGGCGUGUCGGCCGUCUCGCUACACCUUCACCGACGGCCAUCAAAGCGUCCUCCGGGUGGUGGAAGAAAACGUGGCCACAAACCGGUGGCCGUCCAUGCCGGACGUCAAGGUGGAGACGCUGCGCUGGGGCCAGCAGCUCGAGGAGGACCACUUAGGGACCGACGUGGUACUGGGUGCCGACCUAGUGUUCGACCCCGACCUGAUCGAGCCGCUGGCAGCAACCCUGGCAGACCUGUUGCGGCAUGGUGGCACGGCCUACAUCGCUUCGACGAUUCGCAACGCAGACACAUACUACACGUUUCAAACGGCGUUGGAGACAGCGAUGCUGCUGUGGACAGUCGUUCUUCCCCCGCAGAAUCGGGUCUUUGUGUACGACCGGUCGUGCAAGAUGGAAAUCCUCCGGAUCACGCGAGCGUCUUCAACAACUCCAUGAGUUUGCGUGCAUUUUGGUUCAACCAAGACAGACUUCCUGAAAUACAAUCUAUUUUGCCUUUCCA